UCUCUAUCGUUAAAUAAAAUCUGUGAAAUCUGUAAGCUGAAAAAUGAAAUUUGGUCAAAACUUGGACCGGCUUAUGGUCAAUGAAUGGCGCGAGCAAUACGUAAACUAUGAGCUCCUCAAACAAAUGAUACAGAAUGGGGUCGAUGAGGCUCCCGAUUUCGGAGAUUAUCCCUUGGUUUUGCUCAAUGAAUACUUCGAGGAGGUCAAACACGAGUUCUUCACCGCUUGCGCCCAAGAGAUGGUGAAAGUUCAACUUUUCUUUGAGGAAAAGCUAGCCGCAGCCCAACGAAAGCAGACAUCGUUCAAGGCCACUCUUGCGGACCUCCGCGAGGCCGGUGGCGGGAGGCAAUUCCACCUGAGAGAUCCACAACAGCAGCCGCAAACCACACGACGUCUGCGCAGUGCCUACAGUGAGUUCUACUUGAUGUUGAUUCUCCUGCAAAACUAUAGGACCCUGAACCAAACGGCGUUUCGGAAAAUAUGCAAGAAAUACGACAAGAACUUCCGCUCCACUGAAGGCCAACUGUGGUACAAAACUGUGGUGGAAACGUCUCCCUUCGUCAACAAAACGGACCUCAAUAAUCUCAUCGAAGAAGUGGAGAAUCUCUAUAUCGAGUACUUGGCCCACGGAGAUCGCGCCAAGGCCAUGACAAAGCUAAGGGUUCCGCCUUUGGGUGAACCCCCAAAUCCUUUUAGAGUUUUCUUUGCAGGACUUUUUUUGGGUCUAUUUUUUGUCGCUGCUAUCAUGACAGGGAUAUCAUACAUUUUUCUGGAUUUAGAUGCCACAUUUCGUGAGCUCUUUGUCCAUCUCUAUCGGGGACCCUUCAUCUUAAUUUGGUAUACCUUUUUGGUGGCUACAAACCUUUUUAUCUGGCAAAAUGUUGGCAUUAAUUAUGUGCUGAUCUUUGAGCUGAAUCCCAGGAAACAUUUGAGACCCACAGAUGUCCUGCUGAUUGCCAGCCUGCUGGCUUAUGGCUGGAUCCUCUGCGCCUUGGCUUUUCUUCAUCGUGAAAUCUUUGAGGUGGAAAAGCCCUUCUACUUUCCAUUGAUCCCUCUGGGAAUAGUCAUUGCUGCGGUCUUGAAUCCCAUUCGCAUCUUGGAAUAUAACGCCAGAAUGUGGCUCGUUUCUCUUUUGGGCAGGAUUGUGACGGCUCCUUUCUCCUAUGUGACUUUUGCAGCCUUCUGGUUGUCCGAACAAAUUACUUCCUUGACCAUUUGCCUGGUGGAUCACUAUAUGCUGUGUCGUUUCUGCUUGCGAUACUAUGCCAAUCUGGGCAAUCCCUUUGAUUUUGAGCCCGACUAUGUGGUUUUCGUGCUGCGCAUCCUUCCUGCCUGGUUCCGCCUGUGUCAAUGUUCGAGAAGAUUCCAGGAGAGUGCUUCCAAGUCCAUUUGGUAUGGCCUGAAUGCCCUCAAGUACAGUCUAACCAUAGUUAUGGUUAUCUUCUCCUUCAUACAAAUGGAGACAAAUGGACAGUACCAGAGCAUAUUCGAUAGUCCCUGGACCUACAGCUAUAUACUUAGUGCCCUUUUAUGGACCGUCUAUCAUUCGUUUUGGGAUUUGCGCAACGAUUUUGGUUUAUUUACAGCGGAGCACAAAUUUCUACGCGAGAAACUCAUUUAUCGAAAGAGCUUUUAUUACUUUAUUAUCAUAGCAGACGUCCUGCUGCGUUGUUUUUGGAUGCUAGAAAUUUUUUUAGUGUCCCAGGACCAUGCUACCCCCUACAAUUGCAAGACUUUUGGAGCCCUUUGUGAUAUAACCCUGCGAUUUCUAUGGAACCUAUUUCGUUUGGAGAACGAACAUCUGUAUAAUUGUGGCAACUUUCGUGCCACCAGAGACAUCAAUCUAUGGAUCUCCGAAGAGGAUAUGAAUCCUCAGCACAAGAAAAUAUAUUUCUAAAGAGACUUUUUCCGGAAUAGUCUAUAUAUUUCAUUUUAAUGUGACCUUCAAGACGAGGUAUCUAACGUUAUGCCGAAAUCAAUUUUGA